AUGGAGGCUCACAAAGAAACCAUCCGUCGGCUGUACCUCAAGGAGGACAAGACGAAGAAGGAAGUAAAAGAAGCCAUGGAAUCCAUGUACGGCUUCAAAGCAAGCGAAAAACAAUACGAGCGACAAUUCAAGAGAUGGGGUUUCCGGAAAAACUUGAAGGCUGAGGAGUGGAAGUUUGUGUCGAGACGGCUUGAGAAGCGGAAAAGAGAGGGCAAGGAGACAGAUUUGAAAAUCGACGGCAUCUUGGUCCCUAGGAAAAAGCUUCAAAAAGAGAUCGACAGGAAUUUUGAAACCGCCUUGGAGCGAUAUGAUCCUCGUAAGAAUUCUUUUGCAUCAGGGAUAAUUGCGGCGCUGACUUCGAACAACCAGAAAAACAUCGACUGA